AUGGCUGUUACAAAUGAAGAAAUAAAAACGGCAAGUAAGAUUGUUAGAAGAGUUUCAAAUGUAGAAGCAUUUGACAAAAGUGGUUCAGUUUUUAAGGGUUAUCAAAUAUGGACUGAUAUAUCCCCAACAAUAGAAAAUGAUCCAAAUAUUAUGUUUGUAAAAUGUGUUGUACAACAAGGAUCAAAAAAAGAAAAAUUAACCGUUGUACAAAUUGACCCACCCGGAACCGGAACUCCAUACGAUAUUGAUCCAACUCACGCAUGGAACUGCAACUCUCAAGUAGACCCCAUGUCUUUUGGUGAUAUUGGUCUUUUAAAUCACACCAACGUCCCAUGUGUACUUGACUUUUUAAAGCACAGAUAUUUAAAAAAUCAAAUAUACACCACUGCUGUUCCCCUUAUUGUUGCAAUAAACCCAUACAAGGAUUUAGGAAACACCACUAAUGAAUGGAUUCGUAGAUAUCGUGAUACAUCUGACCACACUAAGUUGCCACCACACGUAUUCACAUGUGCCAGAGAAGCUUUGUCUAAUCUUCAUGGUGUAAACAAGAGCCAAACUAUUAUCGUAUCUGGUGAAUCUGGUGCAGGAAAAACAGAAGCAACAAAACAAAUCAUGAGAUAUUUCGCUGCCUCUAAGAGUGGAAAUAUGGAUUCACGUAUUCAAACUGCAAUUAUGGCUGCAAAUCCAGUUCUUGAAGCUUUUGGUAAUGCGAAAACUAUAAGAAAUAACAAUUCAUCUCGUUUUGGUCGUUUCAUGCAGUUGGUUAUAUCCCAUGAAGGAGGUAUAAGAUACGGUUCUGUUGUUGCUUUUCUGUUGGAAAAGUCUAGAAUUAUUACACAAGAUGAUAAUGAAAGGUCAUAUCACAUAUUUUAUCAAUUUCUUAAGGGUGCAAAUAGUACGAUGAGAUCUAAAUUUGGUUUAAAAGGAGUUACUGAAUACAAAUUAUUGAAUCCAAAUUCAACCGAGGUAAGUGGAGUAGAUGAUGUAAAAGAUUUUGAAGAGGUAGUUGAAUCCUUGAAAAAUAUGGAAUUGAGUGAAUCCGAUAUUGAAGUAAUAUUUUCGAUAGUAGCUGGUAUAUUAACAUUAGGAAAUGUAAGAUUAAUUGAGAAGCAAGAAGCUGGAUUAAGUGAUGCUGCUGCUAUUAUGGAUGAGGAUAUGGGUGAGUUUAAUAAAGCUUGUGAAUUGAUGUAUUUAGAUCCUGAAUUAGUAAAAAGAGAAAUACUAAUUAAGGUGACAGUUGCUGGAGGAACCAAAAUUGAAGGUAGAUGGAAUAAAAAUGAUGCAGAAGUGUUGAAAUAUUCCUUAUGUAAAGCUAUGUAUGAGAAAUUAUUUUUAUGGAUCAUAAGACAUUUGAAUACAAGAAUUGAACCAGAAGGUGGAUUUAAAACAUUUAUGGGUAUGUUAGAUAUUUUUGGUUUUGAAGUAUUUAAAAAUAAUUCUUUGGAACAAUUAUUUAUUAACAUUACUAAUGAAAUGCUUCAGAAAAAUUUUGUAGAUAUAGUUUUUGAAAGAGAAUCAAAAUUAUAUAAAGAAGAAGGAAUAUCAACAGCUGAAUUAAAGUACACUAGUAAUAAGGAAGUAAUCAAUGUACUUUGUGAGAAGGGUAAAUCAGUUCUUUCUUACUUAGAGGAUCAAUGUUUAGCUCCUGGAGGAAGCGAUGAAAAGUUUGUAAGUUCCUGUACUACAAAUUUAAAGGAGAAUGAUAAGUUUACUCCAGCUAAGGUAGCAUCGAAUAAAAAUUUUAUAAUACAACAUACUAUAGGACCAAUUCAAUAUUGUGCUGAAAGCUUUUUGCUUAAAAACAAGGAUGUCUUAAGAGGUGAUUUAGUUGAAGUAAUUAAGGAUUCUCCAAAUCCAAUAGUAAAACAGUUAUUUGAAGGUCAAGUAAUUGAGAAGGGUAAAAUAGCAAAAGGAUCAUUAAUAGGUUCUCAAUUUUUAAAUCAAUUGACAUCUUUAAUGACUUUGAUAAAUAGUACUGAACCACAUUUUAUACGUUGUAUUAAACCAAAUGAAAAUAAAAAACCAUUAGAAUGGUGUGAACCCAAAAUAUUAAUUCAGCUUCAUGCCUUAUCUAUUUUAGAAGCAUUAGUAUUAAGACAAUUAGGAUAUUCUUAUAGAAGAACCUUUGAAGAAUUCUUAUAUCAAUAUAAAUUUGUUGACAUUGCUGCUGCUGAAGAUUCAUCAGUUGAAAACCAAAAUAAAUGUGUUAACAUAUUAAAGUUGUCUGGACUUUCUGAAUCCAUGUAUAAGAUAGGAAAAACCAUGGUCUUUUUGAAACAAGAAGGUGCAAAAAUAUUGACAAAAAUACAAAGAGAAAAACUUGUUGAAUGGGAAAAUUGUGUGAGUGUAAUUGAAGCUGCUAUACUUAAACAUAAAUACAAACAAAAGGUUAACAAAAAUAUACCUUCUCUUUUGAGAGUACAAGCUCAUAUCAGAAAAAAAAUGGUAGCUCAAUAA